UUGGACGCUCCCACAUUUCUAAGCGUGCACACGCGUACGUACGCACGCUCGAGAGGCACUGUCGGUCGCAUCCGGUAGCGGUCCACUGGUUGACAGGCUGCCGCGGGAUCGGACAGUUGCGAUUUCUCCAUCGUCCGGAGCACCAUGAGGCUGUUGUUGUUGCUGGGCUUGGUAGCCGCUGUCUCCUGCGCGAGCAACGGACCGAAAGUCACCGAUAAGGUAUGGUUCGAAAUCAAGAUCGGCGAUGUCGACGAGGGCAGAAUAGAGAUCGGUCUGUUUGGCAAAACCGUUCCGAAGACGGUCAAGAACUUCGUGGAGCUCGCCAAGAAGCCGGAAGGUGAAGGAUACAAGGGCAGCAAGUUCCACAGGGUGAUCAAAGACUUCAUGAUCCAGGGAGGUGACUUCACGAAGGGCGAUGGCACCGGAGGUCGCAGCAUCUACGGGGAUCGCUUUGCGGACGAAAACUUCAAGCUGAAGCACUACGGCGCCGGUUGGCUGUCGAUGGCUAACGCCGGCAAGGAUACCAACGGGUCUCAGUUCUUCAUCACGGUCAAGCAAACGCCGUGGCUCGACGGUAGACACGUCGUCUUCGGCAAAAUUAUUAAAGGAAUGGAUAUAGUGCGCAAGAUUGAGCAAACGAGCACCGACUCGCGAGAUAAGCCGCGCAAGGACGUGGUCAUCGCCGACAGCGGCGCGGAGACCGUAGCGGAGCCAUUUAGCGUGUCCAAGGAAGACGCCACUGAGUAAAUCUCAGCACACUCGCCAAUAGCCUCAUUACUCUUUAUGAUCUCUUUAUCUCAUACAAAACGAUCUCUCGAGAAGAUGAUUUUUAAACAGCCUAGUUGUGUGUUUCUCUGAAUGGACGAGUGGUAACAACGCGACAAUCUCCGUACGUCUCGCGAACGGCCGUCUAACGACAGUGUUCUAACGAAGCAGCGAUAUCAACGAAACGAAGCGUUUUGUAAGGUCAUAAAGCAUUGAAGCAACAAUCAACAAGUAAUAGAUAACGAUUGUUUCUACUCUAAUUGUUAAAAACUACGUAUACUUGCAUCGCACGAUAAAUUUUGUACCUAAACAGAUAUUUUCUACAUUCACAAAUAAACAAAUAAGUUGUUUAAAGUA